AUGAUGUCAUUAUUAAUAACAGGAUUUAUAAUAGGAUCAAUUUAUGGUGUUAGCCCUGAUGAUGAUAAAGUAAUAUUGCCAGGUUGGGGUGAAUAUAAAUUUAGCAUUUAUUCAGGAUAUAUUCCUAUUGAUACAGGAUUAAUGUAAAUGAGUAAGAAUGGAAGUUAUGAAAUACUUCCAUUUUUAAGUUAAUCAGGAAUUAGAAUGUUAAUAUAUUCAGGUGAUUAAGAUGCUAUCGUGUGAA